AUUCUCCUCCUCUCUGUUUAAAUCAGGAGAGAUUACCUCAAAAGCCAAACACUUCCUUCAAACAAACACCACCACAUGGCUGCGCGUACACUCCACGCGCUAUCCACCUCCCCUUUAUUUCUCCUCCUUCUUUUCUUCGCCGCGUCUUCACCGACCAAAGCUCAGCAACCGUACGUCAACAACCACCAGCUAGACUGUGAGAAUCGUGACUUCGACAACAUAACCAACGGCUUCACCUGUAACGGCCCACGCUCAUGCCGCUCCUACCUCACUUUCUGGUCUCUCCCACCGUACAACACUCCCAACUCCAUCGCCACACUCCUCAACGCCUCCGCCGCCGAGAUCCAGACCCUCAACAACCUCACCUCCCUAACCACCGUAAUCCCCACCCGUCGACUCGUCGUCAUCCCGACCACCUGCUCCUGCUCCGGCGGCGGUGGCUUUUACCAGCACAACGCCACUUACAGACUCUCCGGCGAAAGACAGGAGACUUACUUCUCCAUAGCCAACGACACCUACCAAGCUCUCUCCACGUGUCAAGCCAUGAUGUCGCAGAACCCUUACGGCGAGAGGAACCUAACCGCCGGGCUAAACCUCCUCGUCCCUCUCCGCUGCGCUUGCCCCACCGCGAACCAAACCGCCGCGGGGUUCAGAUACCUUCUUACCUACUUGGUCGCGCAGGGAGACAGCGUCUCCGCCAUCGCCGAGAUGUUCAGAAGCUCAACACCCGCCGUGAGCUCCGGCAACGAGCUCACGUCCGACAACAUCUACUUCUUCACUCCGCUUCUCGUUCCUCUCAGGACGGAACCUACAAGAAUCGUGAUUACUCCGCCGUCGCCGACGCCGCCGGUUGCUACUCCGCCGCAGUCGCCGCCGGUGGAUCCUCCGGGGGGGUCUUCUUCUUCACACAAAUGGAUUUACAUCGGAGUUGGAAUCGGAGCCGGUUUGCUCCUCUUGAUCUCAAUCUUAUCUCUCUACUUCUGUUACUACAAACGAAGAUCCAAAACGUCGUCGUUGAUAGAACAGAACAAGCUUACGGACUCCUCGACCAAACAGUCUCUUCCGACAACGUCAACAAACCAAUGGUCGAUCGCCUUAUCAAACUCCUCAGACACCACGUCUGGUCUCAAAUCAGCUAUAGAGUCGUUAACUCUCUACAGAUUCAGCGAUCUUCAGUCAGCGACUUCGAACUUCAGCGAGGAGAACAAGAUCAAAGGCUCGGUGUAUAAGGCAACGAUCAACGGAGACGACGCGGCUGUGAAGGUGAUCAAAGGAGACGUGUCUUCCUCAGAGAUCAGCCUCUUGAAGAAGCUGAACCAUUCCAACAUCAUCCGUCUCUCUGGCUUCUGCAUCCGCGAAGGAGCCUCGUACCUUGUCUACGAGUACUCGGAGAACGGUUCGGUUAGCGAUUGGCUUCACUCGUCUAACAAGAAGAAGAGUCUGACAUGGAGACAGCGAGUUGAGAUCUGUCGGGACAUAGCUGAGGCGUUGGACUACUUGCACAACUACGUGACGCCGCCUCAUAUCCACAAGAACUUGGAAUCCAACAACGUGCUUCUUGAUUCCAACUUCAAAGCCAAGAUUUCGAAUUUCGGCGUAGCGAGGAUUCUUGACGAAGGUGAUCUCGAUCUUCAGUUGACCAGACAUGUUGAAGGAACACAAGGCUACUUAGCUCCGGAGUAUGUAGAAAACGGAGUCAUAACUCCGAAGCUAGACGUGUUUGCUUUCGGAGUUGUGGUUCUUGAGCUUCUUUCGGGGAAAGAAGCGGUGACGACGGUGGAUAAGGAGGAGAAGGAAGAGAUGUUGUUGUGUAGAGAGAUAAACAAUGUGCUUGGAGGAGAGAAUGUGAGAGAGAAGCUGAAGGAGUUUAUGGAUUCAUCUCUAGGAGAUGAGUAUCCUUUGGAGCUGGCUUUCACCAUGGCACAGCUUGCUAAGAGCUGUGUGGCACCUGAUAUUAACUCGCGACCGUCUAUUGCUCAGGUUCUAACCACGCUCUUGAUGAUUGUCUCGUCCUCCAUUGAUUGGGAGCCUUCUCAUGACCUUCUUCAUGAUUCGGGAUCUCUUGGCAACUAGUUAUUCUAUUUUUUUUUUGUUUUGUUUGUCAAUAAUUGAGUAUUUAGAUUUUAGAUUUUGUGUAAUAUAUAAGAUAAGGACCAUAUGGGUAUAAAAUCUACUGUAACUGAGCAAAAUAAGUACCACAGUGUUCAACAAAAGCAAUGAGAAGAUUUGAAUGUUUUUCACAA